AUGAAGAACAUAGAUUCCAUCAAAGGUUGCAGAAUAGAUGAAAACCACUUCGACUUAGAAAAAUAUAGCACGUUUUACUGCAAACAAGAUGUAAGAAUUUUAAGAGAAGGUUUUGUAAAGUUCCGCAAUGACUUAUUGAAAGAGUUUGAUUUAAACGUUUAUGACUACGUUAGUAUUUGUUCUAUUGCUAACAAAUUGUUUGAGAACAGAGUAUACUUCCCGAAUGGAAAUCUUUAUGACCUCUCAAAUAAACCAAGAGAGUUUAUUUCACGCUGUAUUCAAGGUGGAAGAUGUAUGUUGUCAGAUAACAUGAAACAAAAGAGCAAAAAGAAACUCAUUGCUGACUUCGACACUGUUUCAUUAUAUCCUUCAGCUAUAGCAAGAUUGUAUACUUUAGAAGGAAUUCCAAAAGUAUUGAAGGAUGAGAUGCUAAGCACAGAGUAUCUCAUGAGACAUUUAUUCGAUGAUGACCAAAAGGAACCCAUUGGUGAAAAGUUUAUGUCUGGCUUCUUUGUUCUCAUUAAGAUAACAGAGAUUGGUAUACCCAGACACUUUCAUUUAAUAGUUUGCGACCCUGAACUAAAUCCAGAACUUAACGUUCCAAGAAGUUCAAACACUUGCUGUCUCAUGUAUGUUGACCAUAUAACAUUACAAGACCUCAUAAAAUAUCAAGGUGUCAAAUGUGAAGUGUUGCAAGGAUACUAUUACGAUGGAAACAGAGAUAUGAGAAUAAGAGAUGAAGUAAAGAAGUUGUUUGAGUUAAGGUUAAAGUAUAAGAAAGAAGGAAACCCCUUACAAGAAAUUAUAAAACUCAUUCUGAACAGCAU